CCCGGCCCAGAGCUCCAGAGAAAGGCCGCCUGCAGCAGCCGCCGCCGCCGCCGCCGUCGCCGCCCGCCCGCGCGCCCGUCCGGAGCUGUGACUGAUGAUAAUUAAAGGCCAUGGAUGAAGAUGGACUUGAAUUGCAGCCUCAAGAUCCAAACUCAUUUUUUGAUACAGGAGCCGAUGCAACACACAUGGAUGGUGAUCAGAUUGUUGUGGAAGUGCAAGAGACUGUUUUUGUCUCAGAUGUUGUGGAUUCAGAUAUAACUGUGCAUAACUUUGCUCCUGAUGACCCAGAUUCAGUUGUGAUCCAAGAUGUUAUUGAGGACGUUGUUAUAGAAGAUGUUCAAUGCCCAGAUAUCAUGGAAGAAGCGGAUGUAUCUGAAACCGUCAUCAUUCCUGAGCAAGUGCUGGACUCAGAUGUAACUGAAGAAGUUUCUUUAGCACAUUGCACAGUCCCAGAUGAUGUUUUAGCUUCCGAUAUUACGUCGGCAUCAAUGUCUAUACCAGAACACGUCUUGACAAGUGAAUCUAUUCACGUGUCUGAUGUUGGGCACGUGGAGCAUGUGGUUCAUGAUAGUGUAGUGGAAGCAGAAAUUGUCACUGAUCCCUUGACAAGUGAUGUAGUUUCAGAAGAAGUGUUGGUAGCAGAUUGUGCCUCUGAAGCCGUCAUAGAUGCCAAUGGGAUCCCAGUGGACCAACAAGACGAUGACAAAAGCAACUGUGAAGACUAUCUUAUGAUUUCCUUGGAUGAUGCUGGCAAAAUAGAACAUGACGGUUCUUCUGAAAUGACUAUGGACACAGAGUCAGAAAUUGAUCCUUGUAAAGUAGAUGGCACUUGCCCUGAAGUCAUCAAGGUAUACAUUUUUAAAGCUGACCCUGGAGAGGAUGACUUAGGUGGUACCGUGGACAUAGUGGAGAGUGAACCUGAGAAUGAUCACGGAGUUGAGUUGCUUGAUCAGAAUAACAGUAUUCGUGUACCGAGAGAAAAGAUGGUUUAUAUGACUGUUAAUGACUCUCAGCAAGAAGAUGAAGAUUUAAAUGUUGCUGAAAUCGCAGAUGAGGUGUAUAUGGAAGUGAUCGUAGGUGAAGAAGAUGCGGCUGCAGCUGCUGCUGCCGCCGCUGCACAUGAACAGCAAAUAGAUGACAACGAAAUCAAAACUUUCAUGCCAAUUGCAUGGGCAGCAGCUUACGGUAAUAAUACUGAUGGAAUUGAAAACCGGAAUGGCACUGCAAGUGCCCUCUUGCACAUAGAUGAGUCUGCUGGGCUUGGCAGACUGGCUAAACAAAAACCAAAGAAAAGGAGAAGACCUGAUUCCAGGCAGUACCAAACAGCAAUAAUUAUUGGCCCUGAUGGACAUCCCUUGACUGUCUAUCCUUGUAUGAUCUGUGGGAAAAAGUUUAAGUCGAGAGGUUUUCUGAAGAGACACAUGAAAAACCAUCCUGAACACCUUGCUAAGAAGAAGUACCGUUGUACUGACUGCGAUUACACUACCAACAAGAAGAUAAGUUUACAUAACCACCUGGAGAGCCACAAACUAACCAGCAAGGCAGAAAAGGCUAUUGAAUGCGAUGAGUGUGGGAAGCAUUUCUCUCAUGCUGGCGCUUUGUUUACUCACAAAAUGGUGCAUAAGGAAAAAGGAGCCAACAAAAUGCACAAGUGUAAAUUCUGUGACUAUGAAACAGCCGAACAAGGGUUACUGAAUCGCCACCUUUUGGCAGUCCACAGCAAGAACUUUCCUCAUAUCUGUGUUGAAUGCGGUAAAGGUUUCCGUCACCCUUCAGAGCUCAAAAAGCACAUGCGAAUCCAUACUGGAGAGAAGCCGUACCAGUGCCAGUACUGCGAGUAUAGGUCUGCAGACUCUUCUAACUUGAAAACGCAUGUCAAAACUAAGCAUAGUAAAGAAAUGCCGUUCAAGUGUGACAUUUGUCUUCUGACUUUCUCAGAUACCAAAGAGGUGCAGCAACAUGCUCUUAUCCAUCAAGAAAGCAAAACACAUCAGUGUUUGCACUGUGACCACAAGAGUUCAAACUCAAGCGAUUUAAAACGACACAUAAUUUCAGUUCACACCAAGGACUACCCUCAUAAGUGUGACAUGUGUGAUAAAGGCUUUCAUAGGCCUUCAGAACUCAAGAAACACGUAGCUGCCCACAAGGGUAAAAAAAUGCAUCAGUGCAGACAUUGUGACUUUAAGAUUGCCGAUCCUUUUGUUCUAAGUCGCCAUAUUCUAUCUGUUCACACAAAAGAUCUGCCGUUUAGGUGUAAGAGAUGUAGAAAGGGAUUUAGGCAACAGAAUGAGCUUAAAAAGCAUAUGAAAACACACAGUGGCAGGAAAGUGUACCAGUGUGAGUACUGCGAGUAUAGCACUACAGAUGCCUCCGGCUUUAAACGACAUGUUAUUUCUAUUCAUACAAAGGACUAUCCCCACCGCUGUGAGUACUGCAAGAAAGGGUUCCGAAGACCAUCCGAGAAGAACCAGCACAUCAUGCGACAUCAUAAAGAAGUUGGCCUGCCCUAAUGCCAUACUUCUACAGACGUUUGUAGAGAUUGGCCUUGAAACUAAAUCAUUUUAAAGCCAGUCUUGUUCACAUACAAUACUGUAUAUUGAUUUAUGCUGUGUACAAAUAGAAUUAUUACUUCUAGUUGACUUUUUUUUUUUACAUUUUGUUCAGUAGUGUGUUCUGAAUUCUAUUCAGUUUGUUUAAUAAAUGGGGGAAAGCAGAAACAAGCAAGUUGCUUUUAAUGAAGUAAUCCCUGGUUCUAUAUUGGAUUUUCCUAUCUUAGAAAUUUUAUAUUUAUUUAAGUAUUUAUCUUGCUUACCUUGAUGGUACUCUUCUAAGGCCUUUUAACUUAAGGUAACAUUAGAUUGGUAACUUGGAAAGCAUUCAUGUGGACUUGUUUAUUUUUUCCAUAAAUUUCUCACAAUAAAAUUGUCAGAGACACCUACUAAUAUUAAUAGGAGGUUUUACUAUAGGGUCUAAUAUCUUAACAUGGAAGUCAUUUACUUGUCUAGCUCAAUAUUUUAGACAACGUGACAAUGAAAGUUUCUAUUUGAGCUUUUGCGUCCCUGGCAUCACUGAGUAAGAAACAGUGGCUGGGUUCGUGUUUACUUUUCAUUUUGUUUAGCAGACAAAAUGUACUUUUUGGGGGGAUUUCUUUAAAGUAUUUACAUCUUUGUCAGCAUAGCAAUGUUUUAGAGAAAUUUAUUGAAAAUUUUUGCUUGGGCCUGUUGUAAUUUGAUUAUUCUGUAUAUGUGCUGCUUUGUCUUGGAAUGGUUGUGUGCUAAAAUGAGAAUAAACUGAAGACUGCAUUUUGGAAUCUAAUAGAGAUAAUUCGUGGCUCAUAGGAUCUUUUGCAACUUUAUAUAUGUAAAUGUACCCUGAAUUAUCUAUAUGCACAUAUAUAUAUAACAUGUAUCUGUGUGUAUUGCUUAUUUUACAUAUUUAUACACACAACCCCAAGUAGUAGUUGUUUAAAAUCUAUAAUGAAAGUAUUAAAUUUACAAUAACAUGAAAGAUGCAGGGAUGCAUGUGAGAGCAUUUUAUAAGUCAUGCUCUUCAGAGAGACUACUCAGGUGAUGACUUAGAAGGAAAAUAAGGACACUAGUAUUUUUAAAGAGGAAAGGUAUUUUAAGUAUCUUUGGUAAUUGAAAAAAUAGAAGUUAUGAUGUUUCUAGAUAGAUUGUUUUCAUACAACUUCAGCUCCAUGCCUUUAUAUUUUUCUGAAAAGUUAAUGAGAAUCCAGACAAUUAAUUCCCUCUGUUCUCUCUGAGAAGUCCAUGAGGGAACAACUUGUGUCACCAAGUGAGGUGGACUGAGGAAGCAGCAGCUCCCUGUACCAGAAGAUCGGGUGCUAAAUUGGCGAGUUCAGCCUGACGUUAUUUCUUAGUUAACUGCCAGCAAACUUUGAAGAAAAUCAAUUUUCGAGUUGGCUUUGAUUAAGAAGAUAAAGGUGUGUUUUAAGUGCAUGAGGAAAAUCUGAGGCCUUAUUUGGAACAUCACGAAGUCUUUCACAGUUUUGUUUUGAGAGCCGAUAUUUUGAACAGGUGAUUAUGAUCAUA